UAUAUUACAAACAACUAUUCAAAUUUCUAGCUCUAAACCCUUGUCUAAUUCAGAUUCGCAACUUCAAGUAGUAAAAGAUCCCAAUGCUAGAAAAUCAGAAGAAUGUAAAUUCUUUGACGAACCAGAAAUUGAUGAGUUGGAAACUCGAGACUAUGUCUCUCCUGAAGCUGGUCCAGGUCCUCAAACCCAAGCUCAUCGUGAAGGUAGACUUACUGAAUCAGAAGAAAUA